AAUAGCGUGAGGUUGAGAGGUAGGAGGGGAGCGCGCAGUGGGAAUAGUGCUAUUGUGGGUGCAUCAGCUAUUUAUAUUGGAGGAUGGGAGGACAGAGUUGUGUGAUCUGCCAGAAGGACGCGAGUAAGCGAUGUGGAGGAUGUUGUCAGGUCUACUACUGCAACAAGGAACACCAGAAACUGGACUGGGCCAAACACAAACAUACAUGCAAUCCUUUCAAGGUUUGUGAGGACCCAGUGCUGGGACGACACCUAGUAGCUACUCGAGAUAUUGCCGUUGGGGAGGUCAUCCUCAAGGAGCCUCCACUACUGCAAGGACCAAGUCAGGUGACAGGUCCGGUGUGUCUGAGCUGUCUACAGGCUGUGUCACAACACAAUUCUGAGCCCUGCUCACAGUGUGGCUGGCCGUUGUGUCUCAAACCGAAAUGCAGAGAGUCCAAACAACACCUGCCCGAGUGUCGGUGGACCAUGGACAAGAGAAAGAAUCCAGUAAAGAUCUCGCAGUUCAUAACUCCACACCCGAGCUACGAGUGUAUCACGACCUUGCGACUGUGCUACGCCAAGCGACACAGCCCUGGACUGUGGGGCAGACUGUGCAAGCUGCAGUCGCACACAGAGGAGCGACGAGGCACACACAAGUACAAGGAAGACACCAGGACCGUCGCUCAGUUCCUCCGCAGGUUCUACAAGCUGGAGGACGAGUUUAGUGACGAGGACAUCAUGGAUAUCUGGGGAAUCAUACAAGUCAACGGCCACGAAGUACCUCUCACCCAGCCAGCCCACGUCGCUGUCUACGACCUCUCCUCCAUGUUGGAGCAUAGCUGUCACCCCAACUGUGCCAAGAGUUUCGCUAGUGAUGCUAGCCUCGUCCUCCGCGCCGUGGUCAAGGUGUCCGCCGGGCAACAUCUCUCCAUCUGCUACACAGACUGUCUCUGGGGCACGGUGAACCGACAGUACCACCUGCGGGACACAAAGUUCUUUACCUGUCAGUGCCCGAGGUGUCUCGACCCGACCGAGAUGGGCACUUACUUUAGCGCCAUUCUAUGCGAAAAAAGUGACUGCUCGGGUACUAUGCUACCAGCCAGUCUGUGCUCCUUGGUGGAGGCUACACCUUGGACCUGCGACUCGUGCGGUCAUGUCGUAUACGACUCCCAGGUCGAGGCUACGCUGCAACAGGCUGGCCAGGAACUUGCCACUCUGCAGUCCAAGAACCUCUCAGAGUCGACGAAGUUCCUGGAGAAAUGGAGGUCCAAGUUUCACCAGAACCACUUCUACCUGACCGAGGUGAGGCUGGCGAUCGCUGAGAGGAUGGGCCAAGAGACUCCGCAGGGUAUACGGGGUUUGUCUCCAGAAUGCCUCCAGUACAAGGUCAACCUUACAAGGGACUUGCUGGAGCUGCUGUCUCUCAUAGCACCAGGCGAGACCAGAGUGUUGGGGAUGCUCAAUUUCGGCCUCCACGCAUGUUUAGCUGAGCGUGCUCGUCGCGACCACCUUCAAGGCCACGACCAGUUCUACUCGGCUCUUAUGGAAUCUCUCGAGUGUCUGGACAAGACGAUAUUUUUCUUAGCGGUGGAGCCAGAGGUUUUGCCUGAAGGGAAAUUGUUGCUGCAGGCAAAACAGAAUAAAGCAGAACUACUAAAUACGCUACAAAACAUCCAAAUGUGCGCUAGUAUGGCAUCUCCCAUGUGACAGUAAACUAUGAAACAAACUGGCAAACAUCAAAUUAGGCAUUGUUUAGCAGUUGCUCUGUUUCCAUAUGCAGGGUAAACUGUGGAAUAUUCACCAGUCUUUGACAAUCACUCGAAAACAAACUACAGAUCAUCCAGCUGUACGAGAUGCGCCGCUCAUUCUGAGACAAUAACUCGAGAUCAAACUGCAGAUCACCCAGCUGUACGACAUGGGCCACUCAUUCUGUGACAAUCACUCGAGAACAAACUGCAGGUCAUCCAGCUGUACGACAUAUGCCACUCAUUCUGUGACAAUCACUCGAGAACAAUCUGCAGGUCACCCAGCUGUACGACAUGGGCCACUCAUUCUGUGACAAUCACUCGAGAACAAACUGCAGAUCACCCAGCUGUACGACAUGGGCCACUCAUUAUGUGACAAUCACUCGAGAACAAUCUGCAAGUCAUCCAGCUGUACGACAUGGGCCACUCAUUAUGUGACAAUCACUCGAGAACAAACUGCAGGUCAUCCAGCUGUACGACAUGGGCCACUCAUUAUGUGACAAUCACUCGAGAACAAUCUGCAGAUCACCCAGCUGUACGACAUGCCACUCAUUAUGUGACAAUCAUUCGAGAACAAACUGCAGAUCACCCAGCUGUACGACAUGGGCCACUCAUUAUGUGACAAUCACUCGAGAACAAACUGCAGAUCACCCAGCUGUACGACAUAUGCCACUCACUAUGUGACAAUAACUAGAGAACAAACUGCAGAUCACCCAGAUGUUAGAUCAUCUUCUGUAGUUGUCAACAGCGUUUAAAGAGAUUUCACUUGUUUCCUUUAACAGAUUUUCCGUCUGUAAAAAAUUUUAAUUUGUUGUCAUCAAUUUAAGGCAAACUAUAGAUACCAGUAUUCCUUUUUAGUGUAGACGGUAAUAAUUUUUUUAAGUGUGUGUUUUUUAAUACAUCCAAUUCAUAUUUUCUAGCGUUACCAUUUUUCUGUUUGAAAACAAUGUUUAUACAAGGUGCAUAUGUUGGGAUAUAAUUGACGUAGUGAUUCCUUGGGUCAAAAUAAAGAGAAAAUCAAGAAAAACAUUUUUCCAAAAUCCAGAUAACCAGAUAUUCACCAUUUUGUAUUUUUUACAUACACAUUUUUAUCUCUGGUUUUUUCAACCGAUCUUUAUGAAACUUGUUAUGUAUGUUAAGGUAGAAGAGGCCCAUGUAAGAAAAACAAUUCCUUUUGAUUCGAAUUAAAAUCUUAAAAUGGCGGCCUUUUAAACUUCAAUUACUCAAAAACGGCUGAUUUUAUGAAAAAAUGUCAUAAAGACUUUUAAAACUUUUAACUUCCUAUCAAACUGUACCAAGUGCAAAACAAUCGAAUAAGAAAUAGCUGAAAUAUUACGAUUUUUAGUAUUAAAAUGGUAAUAAAAGGCAGAAGCUCAGGUUUGCCCAUUUCACAACUAAAAAUCGAAUUAUUUAAGCUACAGUAUUUCUUAAUUGAUCUUUUUGCACUUGGAAAUUAAAAAUGCUAUAUACAAGUGUUCUUAGCAUUUUUUCAUAAAAUGAGCCCUUUUUUGGUAAUUUAAGUUUAAAAAACUAAAAUGGCCGCCAUUUUAAAAUUUUAAGUUGAAUUAAGAUGACAUUUUUUCUAACAUGGGUCUCUUUACUAACAUACAUACCAAGUUUCAUAAAGAUCGGUGAAAAAAAUCCAAAGAUAAAAUUUUUAUGUAAAAAAUAAAAAUUGCGGAUAUCUGGUUAACGAAGUGAUUUUGGGGAAAAUGUCAUUCUUGAUUUUCUCUUUGUUUUUACCCAAGGAAAACACGUGAAUUAUAUCCCCACCUUUUUUUAACACCCUUUAUACGUUUUUUUCAUACCUUAUCCAUCCUUUUUAUUUAUUUAAAGAAAAAAUCAAGUAAGGGAGCUACAACCUAAUACUAGUACUUAGAAUAAUACACAACACUUUAAACUUAAAUAUUCAUAGGCUGGAUGAAAUCCAACCAACAGUCCCUUCACAUGGUGCUAUAGGCAAUAUGGGCACAGCAUUCAUUUUGCGUUACAGAUACUGUAUUGCAUGCACAAAUUGGUUAUAAUCGCAUUAUGUUUUAUACUAAUGGCACGUUCCUAAUUACUUUUCAUGAGAAUUCUGCUUUCAUAUGGUGUGGUAUUGUAAUUUUUAACUAAAAUAAAUAAAACGAACUCAAU